GUUUUGUUUAUUCGAUUUGAACUGUUUGUUGAAUUUGUUGUUUUUGUGCGAUUCUCAGUGCUUUUGGCAGUUUACUUUUGGGAUAUAGCUGUUCAUUAUUGGAUUAAUUUAUUUUGUACAGAUUAGUGUAUUACGGUCACAAUGUCGUCGUUUUCCUUUUCGUUUCCCCUUUUCCGUAACCGGAAUCCGCCUUGUUCACUUUAAACCAUGUUACAAUCGUUAGAAGAAUACAUAGUAGAAAUGGAAAACCGUAGUGCCAUAGACCAAUCCCACGCGGGAGCCGUCAACGAAGACAUCUGGACACAACUGCAACAAAAGGAAAACGACUUAGUUUUAGCCGCCGAAUUAGGAAAAGCACUCUUGGAGAAAAGCGAAGAACUGAAGAGGCAGAAGGAUGCAAUGGAAGAGGAGUAUUCGAAAAAAUUAGAGUCACUCGAACAAGACCGCCACAUCCUUCGACGGAAACUCCACUCUAAAGAAUCCGAACUAGAUGCCAGAAUAAUAGAACUCCAAAACGACGUUACGGAACUCACAUCAAAGCUUCAAGCCAAAGACAAUCUUCUGAAACAAUGGGAACGGGACAAGAGCGGUCUGAUGGCGGAGUUGACAGCUCAAAACACCAGACUGACGUCUCAGCUGAAGGACGCAGCACAUAAAGAACAACAUCUUGCGAGGGAGAUCGAUGAAUACAAAGAGAGGUUAAGUUUGGGAAAGAGCAGUUUACAGGAACACAUGAAUAGCGUCAGCGGUCUUAGAGACGAACUAGAAAUAGCCAGUGAAAAAAAUCAGGAACUGGAAAGGCGCCUACAGGUAGCAGCAUCCGAUAGAGACAGCAUAGCUCUAGCAUUAGAGGAAGCCUCCGAUAGAAUUCUGAUGUUAGAAAGACACGCUAGGGAGCAGGAUAUGCGGUACCAACAGAGCCUGAAGGAAUACAGCUUGCCACAAGAAAAGUUAUCGAUAGAGGAAAGGCUUAGUGCUGGUGAAGAGCGAUCUCUAUUGUCAGAAAUGGACAUCUCGGAACCAACUUUGUCUCAAGAGUGUAUGUCUGUCUACCGCCAACUUAGAUCUCUUGUUCUGCAACUGAAGUCCCAUUCCGACGACGACAGCGGUCUUCAUUCCGAUUGUUCCACUACGUCAAUGGAAGAUUCUUCGAGAUUUGCUCCAGGAAUGCUCACGGAAGUUGCUCAAGAACUUGUUGGUUUAGUGUUAGAUACGGACGUAGUGAGGAUAUUGGAACGGCUAGAACAAGCGCGAAGGGAAAUACAAGAGAGGGACGAGGAACUCGCUAGAAGAAGCGAACGGCUCAUGGAGCUCAACACAAAAGCUUCAGUGUGUGAGGUCGAACUAGCAUCCGCGUUAGAACAGCGCGACAGAGCCAUGCACGACGCUUCAGAUUCUUCAUUGGCUCAAGAUGAGGUUGUAGCGAAAGCGCGCGAAGACCGAGACAUUGCCGUUCAAAGGCGGAUCAAAGUAGAGGUGGAGUUGGCCAAAACCAGAGUGGAACUUAUGCAAGCCAAUAGCCAGCUGCUCGAGACGGUUCAACAGAAGGUGGAGUUGAGUCAACAACUUGAACAGUGGCAGAUGGAUAUGCACGAACUGCUCGACGAACAGCUCAAAAACAAGCUGUCCAACCAAGAAAUAAAAAUGAAGAUGCCCAGUGAACCCGUCGCUCCACCGAGGAGAAGACUUCUGCUACGGUUCUUCAAUCGAUAGCAUACAUAUUAUAGCAUAAAGCUAGACCAAUUAGGGAAAUGACGUUGUAGACAUUGUAAAAACGUGUUAUGCCCUUUUUUUCGUAUUUUUUUACCGAAUUAAUUUUUAUCGUUACUUAAAUUAAUUUAAGGGAGGAACAGUAAUUGUCCAAUAUGGAUUCGUUGUUGAUAGUGCCUUAAUUACAGUGACGGAAGCGUUUUAAAAUGUUUAGCAAUGUUUUUC